AUGCCUCAGGAAGCGCAAAUCUCAGUCAAUGAGCGCGCAUUCAUUCAGGAUGCUCUCAAAGAGCAGCUUCGUCUCGAUGGCCGCGCCUUUGAUGCAUUCCGCCCGCUAGAGCUCACAUUUGGAGACGAAUAUGGUGUUGCAGACGUGCAGCUAGGCAAGACAAGAGUGAUUGCGCGGAUAUCCGUUGAUGUGACGACGCCUUUACCUGAGCGCAAGUUCGAUGGCGUCUUUCAAAUCAUUACAGAGUUCUCUCCCAUGGCAUCACCAGCCUUCGAAGUCGGACGACCUACGAACGCAGAAGUAGUCCUUUCACGAAUCCUCGAGAAAGCCAUUCGCCGGUCCAACGCGCUUGACACAGAGUCGCUAUGCAUAAUCGCGGGUCUCAAAUGUUUCGCGCUUCGCGCCGACGUGCACGUCAUCGACCAUGAUGGAGGUCUCAUUGACGCAUCCUGCAUCGCUGUCAUGGCCGCACUGCAGCACUUCCGAAGACCAGACGUCCUAGUUGAAGGCGAGAAAGCAACUGUCUUGAGCAUACGCGAGCGCGAUCCCAUACCUCUGUCAAUAUUGCACCAACCGCUCUGCGUAACCUUCUCGUACUUUGAGGAAGGCGAGCUAUUCUUGGUUGAUUCAAACCUCGCGGAAGAGCAAGUUCGGGACGGCGAAGUCAUUAUUACAAUGAACCGACACGGCGAAGUAUGUCAAAUUGCCAAGUAUGGAGGCGCACCCGUGGAGCCUUAUGCGCUAUUCAACCUCACGAGUCUCGCUCUGCAAAAGGUCAAAGAGAUGAGUAAAUUCAUACAGGAGCGACUUGACGAGGACGCUAAGAGGAGGAACGCUGGAGGAUUGUUGGCAGAGCUCAGUGCUGAGAACGACAGGCCGUUCGACAGGCCCGUAGGAUGA